AUGCCUCCAAUUGCACGCAGGCUAACGUCCUGCACAACAUCGUACCGCGUGCUACGCACCUUGGGUCGCCCGGCCUCUCCUGCUGGUGCUGGUGCUGGUGCUGGUGCUGGUGCCGGCCUGCCCACUGCCGCAAACUUGCCCCGGCCAACCCGGUCAAGACGGUCUCUGUUGCCCGGCAGCCUCUCGCCUCCGCCUCCAUCUUCAAAUCGCCGCUCUUUCCACUCGUACGACCACCCUGAGCCCGCUGGGCCCUUCUCCCCCACCGAGCGCGCCAUCCUGGCCGCGGCCUACGCACACAUCCCCCAGCACGGCUUCACACCAGAGACCCUCGCACUUGGCGCCAGGGACGCUGGCUACCUCGACAUCAGUGCCAACCUGCUUCCCCACGGGGUCUUCACCCUGGUCCAAUGGCACCUUGUGUCGCAACGGGAGGCCCUUGCCAUGAAAGCGAAUGCCCUGUUCGGGGGUGAAGAGGCAAAAGCUCUCGGUGUGGGAGCAAAGGUGGAACUCUUGGCGUGGGAGAGGCUCAUGGGCAACAAGCAUGUCAUCGGGAAACUGCAAGAGGCACUCGCAAUCAUGGCCCAGCCCUCCUGCGUUCCGGCGUCCCUUGGGGAGCUGGCCAAGUUGUCUGACGAGAUUUGGUUUCUUGUCGGCGACACAGCCGUCGACCCGUCCUGGUACACGAAGCGCGCCUCCCUGUCCGCCAUUUACGCAUCCACCGAGCUGUUCAUGACAACCGAUCACUCCACCGGAUUCCACGAGACGAGAAAGUUCCUCCAGAGGCGACUGGCCGAAUCUCACGAGCUCGGCAGCACCUUGAGGUCAAUGGGGACCUGGGUGGGCUUCACAGCGAGUGCAGGUCUGAAUGUCCUGAGAAGUAAGGGCGUGCGGAUUUAG